GGUUCAAGAUUUUAAUGGUCAUGUCACAGAGUACAGGUGUACAUGUGAGUGAAAAACUUGGGUGCAGAUUCGCACCAAUGUGCAGAGAACAAUAUUUACAAUGAAAAUAAUAAAAUAAAACUGCGAUACUCUAAGCAGUGCAAUAUAUUGUGAAAGUUUAGAUCAAAUUAAAGAAAAAGUGUCAUACUACAUAAAAACUAUCAGGUACAACACUGCUAUCUAGUAACACACACACACAAAAAAACAAUGCCUGUUACCAAUCGAAUUAAUAUAAAUAAUUUAUAAAAACCAGUACUGUAUUUUUAACAACAAUACAGUAUAUAAAUAUAUAUCAUAUAUAAUAUCAAUAUCAAUAUUUUUACAUUUUGGCUCAGAGAGUUCAAGUUAUUUAAUUUUGAAUUUUGCUUAGGGCCCCAAUCUGUCUGAAUAGGCUCUGCAGUUCAUUAAAUAAAAAAGAAUCUAAAUCAAAUCUAAAAAAAACCCAGAAAUCUACUUUCCACAGCAAUGCCACAAUAUUUUCUAAUUUAGAAUAGCUUUUGAUCAUCACAUACUUCAUCUUUACAUCUGCCUAAUACAUGUGCAACAAACACACAAACAGGCAUGUGCAAUCACUAAUAGGACAGAAGGCACAAACUGAUGUGUGUAAACACUGUGUGAAAGUGUGAUUGCACACCACAAAAAGACACAAUAGGAGAAUCCUAUUGUGUGUGUGUGUGUGUGUGUGUCUGAGGAGUGAGCGUUCAGUGUGUUUGUGCACAAAGAAGGAGGGUCAGAUACAAAUGUAUAAAUACUGGACAUCACUGAGACUCAGCUCAGCUCAGCCAGAUGCUCCUGGAGAGAGGAGAAAGAGCAGAGACGGAGAAGGAGAAUAUAAAAGAAGGCGCUGCAAGAAGAAGAGACAGUCAAAGAGGAGUUAAGGUUAAGAUGGGUGCUGUACACUUCAUGACCCAGAAUGCACUGCUGUUGGCAGCAUUUCUGCUGAGUGCAGUUGCGCCUUCUUUAGCAGUGUAUGGUGGUGGAGAAUGUACCUUCAAUACUAAAGGUACAUGUGAGUAUCAGGGUCAGGUCUAUGGUAUUGGUGAGAGCUGGAUCACUAAAGACUGCUACAACUGUGUGUGUAUGGAGCCCUUCGGAGUCGGCUGCUGUGAUCACAGCCCAGAGCCAGUAGAUUACCCCGAAUGGUGUGAGAUCAUCAGGAAGCCAGACUCCUGCAUCAGUGUGGUGGUGAUGAGAGCAAAUCACAAGCUCCCCUGCCUGUAUGGAAAGUGGGGAAGGCUGCGACCAGACACAUGGAAAUCCGACAAUGACCCAAUAUUUUAACCGCUGAAUGGCUUGACAACAUAUUAAUUUUAUUGGAUAAAAAAUGCCUCUAUACAGGAAAUAUCUUUAAAUAUAAUGCUGUAAAGUAAACAUCUAUUUUUAACAAUGUGUGUUAAAAAUAGAGGUUGUACUUAAUUUAUUCCAUAAUUAUUUGGUGCUCAGUUCCUCACUUGCCUAUAUUAUUUUUCAGUGUAUUUAUUGUUUAUAGUAUUCUAAUAAAUAUUAUCCACACCUA